GUUUUUCCGUACUUGCGUUUUCUGGAGAAGGGGCAAAGAAUUUGGUGUUUCCUGAGAACUAAAUGGGAACUCAGUAGCUUGUGAUGUUUGUGCACUUGACUUGAAUGAAGAAAUGCAUGUGAGGGGGUUGCCACUUACCACGUGAUUAAGGCCUACAGCUAUUCAACUAUUACCUUUUGCAGCAACCAUUCAACCACCCUUUCAACCUUCAUAUAGUGAACAAGACCAAGUUUGUAACCCUCACUUCCAGCUCCUCUCAAACAUGUCAGCCACCACUGACCAACCCCAUGUUGCAGUCCUGGCAUUUCCUUUUGCCACUCACGCCGCUCCUCUACUCGCCGUCAUACGUCACCUAGCUGCAGCAGCUCCAAACACCUCCUUCUCAUUCUUCAACACCCCUAAAUCCAACAACUCCAUUUUCAACAAAGAUAUGCUAAUGCUACCAAACCUUAAACGCUACGACGUAUGGGAUGGCGUCCCCAAGGGGUAUGUUUUCACAGGGAAGCAUCAGGAGGAGAUUGAAUUGUUCAUGGAGGCAGCGCCGGAGAGCUUUGGGAAGGGCAUGGAGGUGGCAAUGGCAGAGAAUGGAAGAGAAGUUACUUGUUUGGUGACUGACGCCUUCUUUUGGUUUGCUGCAGAAAUGGCAGAGCAGACUGGGGUGGCUUGGGUGCCGUUUUGGACUGCUGGACCUACCUCACUCUCUGCUCAUAUUUACACUGAUUUUAUCAGGAAGACUAUUGGAAUUGGAGGUAACAUAAGGCAAGAAGAUGAAACCCUAAAAUUCAUCAGUGGAAUGUCUAAAGCAAGGGUUAAGGACUUGCCUGAAGGAGUCCUUUUUGGCAAUCUGGAAUCGAUCUUUUCACGAAUGCUUCAUCAGAUGGGCUUGAAUCUAUCAAGAGCAACAGCAGUUUUCAUCAACUCUUUUGAAGAGCUAGAUCAUACCAUAACAACUGAUUUGAAGUCCAAGCUCAGAACGUUCUUCAACAUUGGACCUUUCAACUUGAUAUCAUCACCACCAAAACUCCCCGACACAAGCGGCUGCAUAUCUUGGCUAGACAAGCAAAACGCUGCGUCUGUCGCAUACAUUAGCUUUGGCUCAGUCACACAACCAUCUCCAAGCGAGCUCAUCGCAGUUGCAGAAGCCCUGGAAGCCUCUAAGGUACCAUUUAUAUGGUCAGUUAGAGAUACUGCCAGAGUACAUUUGCCGACCGAGUUCCUGAACAAAACACAAGGACAUGGAAUUGUAGUAUCAUGGGCACCACAACAAGAAAUACUGGCACAUUGUGCAGUUGGAGUGUUUCUAACGCAUUGUGGAUGGAACUCGGUGUUGGAGAGCAUAGUUGGAGGAGUGCCCAUGAUUUGCAGGCCGUUCUUUGGAGAUCAGAGGCUUAAUGGACGGAUGGUAGAGGAUGUGUGGGAGAUUGGUGUGAGAGUCGAGGGUGGAGUGUUCACUAAGAAUGCAUUCAUCGCUAGUCUGGAUCAGAUUUUGUCAGAAGAAAAAGGCAAGAAAAUGAGGGAAAAUGUCAAAGGCCUAAAGGAAGCAGCGGAAAGAGCAGUUGGACCUAAAGGGAGCUCCAUCAAAAAUUUGUUAGGACUCCAAGAUUUAGUGUCAAGGCCUAAGGUUUCUCUUACUUGUUAAUCCAAUAUCUAGUUUCAAGACAUGAAUAAAUUCUCUCCUAAUGCUACCAAA